GUAGUCAAUGUUUAGUGUUGUUUGGAUUCCAUUCAUGUAAAUAAGUUCAAACUUACGGGAUACGUCCGAACGGCAAUUCUGACGUUACGUUUUACCUUCCACUCUACUUUCCUUGCUUCUACGCGCCUUGAAACGAAGUAGGCAAGUAGGCAUAUUGAUUUUGCCAUUUAGUGAAAAAAAUAGCAAGUUCUUCAUCGCCGUAAAACUGGAAGUCCUCAGGCGCAACAAUGGAUAAGCCUGAUUGUGACUCAAAUUUAGAUGUAAACAAGAAUCAUUACCAUGCGUUAUUGGACAUGGGACAAUCUGCUCUGGUUCAUAAUACAGAACCAGCCGAAUGCAAUAUUUGCGCGAUGAUGACACCAACAUCUGAAGGUGUGAUUCUUACUAACUGUUUACAUUCGUUCUGCACUGCAUGCAUGAGAUCAUCCCUGCUAGAAAGUCCUUCAAUACGUUGUCCCUACCCAAAAGGACGAUUUGAUUGCGUUGGUGUUCUGGAAAAGAGUGAGAUUCAAACGUUAUUAAGCCCGAGUGAAUAUGCAGAUUUUUCCAAGAAUCUCGAGAACGCAACUGCGGAUAACAACGGCGAAUCAAGAAACGAAGAUCUAGAUUUGCUUGUUACGCUUACAGAUGCCAGUAUUGUUCCUAAUCAGGUUCCUUUUGAGUGUCCCGUGUGCUUCUUGCGAUUUCAGCCAUAUGAAGGAGUAAUCCUACGCGAAUGCUUUCACAGUUUCUGCCGAGAUUGUUUAAUGAAUUCCAUAAAAUAUUCAGAAGAUGUAGUCGUACGAUGUCCUUACCAGGAUGUAAACACCGUUUGUAAUAACCUGUUAGAAGAUCGGGAAAUUAAAUGUUUGCUCAGUGAUGGCGACUACAGUGUUUAUCUGGGUAGAUCUUUGACGAAAGCAGAAAAUUUGGCGGAGAAUGCCUUCCAUUGUAAGACACCAGAUUGCGUCGGCUGGUGCUUGAUUGAGAAUGAUGCUCAGCUCUUCGAGUGUCCCGUUUGUUCUGCUAAAAACUGUCUACGAUGCAAGGUGAUCCACAGCGGAAUGAGUUGCGAGGAUUACCAGGACAUACUCACAGGGAACUUUGAAAAUCGACGCUCAGAGGAAGCCAUGCAAUGUUUGGUUGCCUCUGGAGAGGCAAUGCAUUGUCCUUUUUGUGGUGUCAUAAUAAUGAAAAUAGCCGGUUGUGAUUACAUUCAAUGUGGUGUAUGUAAGACCGGUAUUUGCUGGGUGACAAGGGGUCCUCGUUGGGGACCUUUGGGAAAAAAUGACAACAGCGGAGGUUGUCGAUGUGGCGUUGGAGGCAAAAAGUGUCACCCAAGUUGCCAAAAUUGUCACUGAACUUCGAAAGCUUGAGAUAACAUGUUCUCGUUGAAUUUGUAUACGACCGAAGAAUAAAACAUCUUUAUUGAGG